AUGGGAUGUACAGAUUAUUUCAAAGAGAUUGUCGCGAAUUUCUUCAACAGUGAAGCGGAAAAAUGGGUAGAGGAAAACUUCAAGAUUGUUUCGAUUGAUAAAAUCAUGAAAGUUCAAUUUUCCAUUCAACUAUCCAACUUUGCUUAUUACGGUCAAUGGUUGGACCAAAUGGUCGAGUCGCUCGAAAAAGACGGCAAAAUCGAUUGGGACAUUAUGCCAGCAGAAAGUGCUGGCUCUGAAGUUGAGAAGUCAUCAGCAGUAUCACUGCUAAAACGAUUCGAAACAUUUGACUACGAAGUCAUCCGGCACGAGGAAACAGCUUCCGAUGCCAUCCUCAUAUACGGAAAGGAAAAGGCAAUCGAUGAUGUCGAGGGCAAAACAUACGCAAUAGUGGCUGUGGCUGGGACUGUUGAACGCCAAGAUUUGGUGCAAGAUUUGAAGAUAUCUCAAGUUCCCUUCGAGGACACCGAAGCUUUCGUUCAUAGCGGUUUUUACGAGUGCUUUGAAGCGCUGAAGCCGAAAAUAGAAAGAUUUCUCGAUGAAACGCUAGAAAAAAAGCCUGUUGAUGAAAUUUUGAUUGUGGGCCAUUCACUUGGCGGCGCUGUUGCUUCCCUUAUUGGAGCAUCUUUAGCGCCAAAAUUUGAAGAGGAAGAUUUUCGAGUUGUAAGCGUCGCUUCUCCGAAAAUAGGAAAUAAGGCUUUUCAAGAAUUUUUCAAGCAAAGAGUAAAGAAGCAUUUACGCAUUCGACUGACCAGUGAUCUUAUCGUUGAUUUUCCAGCUCUCCUUUAUUGGUUCAGAAAUUCAGGAGAAGAUCUGGAGACAACUGAUUUUCCGAUUUUCGACGCGUCCGAGUUUGCUUUUGGAAGUCACAAGUCUCAUGAUUAUUUAAGAGGACUGGAGAAAAACAAAGAAGUCAUUUUGAAGAUAAAAUUCGGAAAUGCUGUUGAAAAGGCGAGAAAAUUUGUUGAAGCCAACUGA